AUGCGCUCUGCUCUGGCCAACGGGAAUGACCACGCUGUUCUGCGGUCCCGCGCAUUCCGGGCUGCGGAGCAGCUGGAUCAAUAUCUACCAAGCCAAUUGAACCAGGAAAGGCAGUCGUCGGGCCCUUCGAGCGGCCCUUCGACACCCAUUCCCGAAGAUGCACCCCCUUCCGUGCAUUCGAUCUCGUCUGCGAGAAAACAGGUUCGCGCGCAGGCAAAGACCCGACUAUUUUACAACAUUGAUUAUCAGCCUCGUUUGUCGCAUUUUGACCCCAACUCUGACAAUCAAAACUUCCGGCGGUUUUUCGUCUUGUUCUGGAUCAGCCUGGCUAUUAUGGUCAUCACUACAGUUCUGCGCAAUGUGAAGGAUACCGGAUACCCUCUUCGAAUGCAGGUGUGGCUGCUAUUUUCGGCCAAUGUCUUUCAAUUGGGUCUUUGCGAUCUUGCAAUGGUUGUGAGCACUGGCUUAACGUUGCCACUUCACAAAGCUAUCCGGUCAAGCAAAGGGUGGCUCCGGUGGAGUAAAUAUGGGAUAGCCGUCCAGAGUGUGUUUCAGUUCGCCUGGUUGACUGUUUGGGUCGCACUGCCGUUUAUGUUGGAUUGGACCUGGACUGCCCAGGUCUACCUCACCCUGCAUACUCUCACGCUGUUAAUGAAAGUUCAUUCAUACGCCUUUUACAAUGGUCAUUUGAGCGAAACAGAAAGGCGCCUUUCAUCCCUAGACAGGCCAGAGUCAGAUACCCUGUCAGCGGUCGUCCGAUACCCAAAAUCUCCGGUUCGGGCGGUCAAAGAAAAUAAUGAAAUCGGAGUGUCCAGCGGCAGGCGGCAAAGCACGCACUCCAUUUCCCAAGUUCGGUCUGACCUCGCCACGGAAUUAACGUCGCCCCUGGGCCAAGUGACCUAUCCUCAAAACCUCACGUGGAGGAAUUACAUUGAUUUCCUGCUGUGCCCAACUCUUUGCUAUGAAUUGGAAUACCCGCGGACCAAAAAGACGCAAUGGACUAGAGUCCUGGUUAAAGCUUUGGCUGUGUUUGGUUGUAUUUUCUUAUUGACGCUAACGAGCGAAGAGUUCAUCGUGCCUGUGCUGAAUGACUCCGCAUUCCGGCUGCAUCGUGUGGACAACUGGUCUGAGAAAGGCCUUAUCCUUGCCGAAACGAUAAGCAUGCUAUUAUUCCCCUUUAUGGUUACAUUCUUGCUCGUUUUCCUCGUCAUUUUCGAAUAUAUUCUAGGGGCGUUCGCAGAGAUAACUCGUUUCGCAGAUCGACGAUUCUAUUCCGACUGGUGGAAUUCCUGUGAUUGGCUGGAGUUUUCUCGGGAAUGGAACAUUCCGGUUCACCACUUCCUUCGGCGACAUGUAUACUUUUCGUCUCUGACACUGUUCUCGAACACGGGAGCUAUGUUUAUAACAUUUUUAGUCAGUUCUAUUGGGCAUGAACUGGUUAUGGGAUGUAUUACCAAGAAACUCCGCGGGUACGGGUUUCUCGCAAUGAUGCUCCAGUUACCAAUUGUUGCUGCGCAACGAUCAAGAUUUGUUAAGGGGCGGAGAACGUUCAAUGUAGGGCUUCUCUGA